GAAUACAUAUAAUGACGCCGAUGGAUUGAAAUUCCCGAGUCAAAAAGUAGAAAUUCCCUCGUAUUGUUCGGAUAAUAGGAAAGAACAAUACUAAUGCGUCUUGGUAACCAUGUUCAGUGCCAUUCUUUGUUCUCCCUGGCCCGAGAUGCAUCUGAUGUCGAAUUAUUUUAUGCGGUCUGCUGCCGGCUCAAGAACAUCUGCAGCAGGUUUGAAUCAGUCUCCAGACAUCCUGUCAAGAGUCAUUGUUGUUGGAGCAGGUCAAUUGCGCUCUGGCACUGUCACACGCGCACUGACUUUUCAGAACUCUAUGGUCCCAUUGUGGCCAAAACAUACCUUCAUGUUUCCGGAGCCUACGACGAUGAGACCUCAGGCAAUCCCGAGAAGUCGUGUCUUGGUGACCUCCUGCAUCCUUUCGCCACAUCCAAAGACAAGGUUCUUGAAGGAACAUAACUCAUCUCCUGAUUACCGACAACGCGCCGGACUCGGAGGCACAUGGAAUCAUGAUAGGCUGUAUCCUAACUUGCCUAGUCAAAAUUCCUACGGCAUGUACGAGAACAGCGACCUUCCGAUGACGUCCGCCGUUGGGCAUGACGAAGGUGGCUCAAACAAUCAAUCCAUUGUGGUCUGUAAAAUCAAUCGAUAUCUCCAUGCGUGGAACGAAAAAUGGGAUUUGACAAAGCGUAUGCGCUUCAAUUGGACUGUGAGUCUUCGGGUAUACAACACCAGGGUCAUUGACAGUUUCAAGUUGCGACUAUCAGUCGACUUGCCAACAAAGAAUGAAAACUGGAAAUGAAAGUCGUGUCCCUAUCGCCGGGCCGACAUGUUACUAUGCUCUGCGAUAAACUUGUUUUUGCUGCCGGGUUGACGUCGGAGCCGAAUAUGCCUGAAAUUUCCGGAUUAAACUGGACAGCUGGUUCAAUGCUACACAAUGUCCACGCAAAAGACGUAGGCGAAUACUGCCGAGGCCAUCUUGGCUAUCAUCCUGUUCUCGACAGGUUUCAGAGAAGAAGGGAGUUGGAACAUAUAAUGAACAGCACCCGCUGCGUUCUGUGGCGGUAUACGAGACAAAUAAGUCUUUGCUUGAUUUUUUUUUAUUUGUUUGUGUUGCUGCAUCAAGGGU